UGCCUCGACCCGCCAGCCCGGGUGCCCCUGACGUGUGGCUGCUCCGGUUCCCAGAUCGCGGCGAAGCUGGAGCCGCUGGGCGAGGAGGAGGAGACCCGUGCCGACCUGAACCCCUGCCGCCGGCAGCCCUCGGGCUGCACCAUCUUCCUGGGCUUCACCUCCAACCUCAUCAGCUCGGGCAUCCGCGAGACCAUCCGCUACCUGGUGCAGCACAACAUGGUGGACGUGCUGGUCACCACAGCAGGCGGCGUGGAAGAGGAUCUCAUCAAAUGCCUGGCACCUACCUACGUGGGGGAAUUCAGCCUGCGGGGGAAGGAGCUUCGGCAGAGCGGGAUCAACAGGAUCGGGAACCUGCUGGUGCCCAACGACAACUACUGCAAGUUCGAAGACUGGCUCAUGCCCAUCCUGGACCAGAUGGUCGCUGAGCAGAACGUGGAG